AUGGGGGGGGAGCAGUCCCCGGACUUUGGGUGAGGCGCGCAGGGCUGGUCACUCAGUGGGCGUGGCCUCAUCCCGGGAGCUCGCCGCCGCCCUCGAGGAAGCAAGGAACCUUGUGCGCAAGCGCUCCCAGCCGCCCGGCUCCGGGCGCUCCCAGAGCAGGAAAAUAGAAGACCCGAGCUGGCGCCUGCGCGCUGCGUCUCCGCCGCCGCUGGGGUCUCGCGCCCCGCCCCCGUCUCCGUCCUCCCCCUUCCCCUUCCCCUCGGGCUCGCGCUCAGCAGCCAAGGUGGCCGUGCCUCUGAGACUGCGCCGCGCCGAGUUAAAGGUGGGGGGCCGAGUGUACCCCCAGCGGCCGGGCUGGCAUCCCUCUGCUCCCCGGCUGGAGCCCCGCGUCCCGCCCCCCGAGGCGAACCGUCGCGCGGCUGCAGGCGGCGCGCGGCAGGGCGCGGACGGCGAGUAGCUGCAAGCUCUCGAGCUCGCUGGGGAGGGGGGCCGGGCAACCAGGGAGGGGCGCUCCCGCGAGGCAUCCGGCCCUGCACCUCUUCGCCGACGCCCGCGGGUUGGGCGCCGCAGGAGUGGCUUCCAUCUGCCCCCAAGCCAGGACCCAACUCUCUGAGUCCACACGUCCGGCUCCAGGUUCCUACUCACCGCCCUUUCACUGCCUUGCAACAGCCUGCACAUCUCGCUCCAUAUGAGGGGCCCAGAGCGGCCCAUUCGUCCAGGUGAGACUUCCAACUGCAGACCAUGGGCCUCUGAGGAGGCAUUGUAAGGCUGCCUGUCUCCCCACUUGCUGUGCUCCCACUCAAUGGGAAGAGAACCCAGGCCUUGUACAGCUGUCAGUUCCGGCAUCUUGACAGCACCAGGAUGGAAGUCAAAGGUCAACUGAUCAGUUCUCCCACCUUCAAUGCCCCAGCGGCCCUGUUUGGAGAGCCUGCCCCGCAGGUGAAGUCAGAACGUCUCCGGGGGCUGCUUGACCGCCAGCAGGCCCUUCAGGAAGCCCUGAGCCUGAAACUUCAGGAGCUACGCAAAGUCUGUCUCCAGGAGGCGGAGUUGACUGGCCGGUUGCCCCCUGAAUGCCCACUAGAGCCUGGUGAACGACCCCACCUGGUCCGCAGACAGCCCCCCGUAACCCGAGCCUACCCUCCGCUGCACCCCAACCCACCAUCACAUCACUCCCUGUGUCCCUCUGAGGAGCUGGCUCUCGAGGCCCUGGAACGGGAAGUGUCUGUGCAGCAGCAGAUUGCAACGGCCGCCCGCCGCCUGGCCUCAGCCCCAGAGCUGAGCACUGAACAGCGCAGGCGGCGCCGCCAGGUCCAAGCUGAUGCUCUGCGGAAGCUCCACGAGCUGGAGGAACAGCUCCGGAACUUCCGGGCCCACCUGGGCCUCCCAGUGCUCUCCCCACCACAGCCCCUGCCGCUGUCCACGGGCCCAGUCCUGAGCGCCCAGGGAGUCUGCCUGGGUCCGCGCCUGGCCCAGCUCAGUCAAGAGGACGUAGUUCUGCACUCAGAGAGCAGCUCCCUCUCAGAGUCCGGAGCCAGCCACGACAAUGAGGAACCCCGGGGCUGUUUUCCUUUGGCUGAGCGCCCCUCACCACCCAAGGCCUGGGACCAGCUCCGGGCAGUGUCUGGAGGCAGCCCUGAGCGGCGGACCCCGUGGAAACCACCUCCUUCAGAUCUUUAUGGGGACUUGAAGAGCCGGCGGAACUCUGUUGCCAGCCCGACCAGCCCCACACGCUCACUGCCUAGGAGUGCCUCCAGCUUUGAAGGAAGAAGCGUGCCUGCCACCCCUGUCCUCACUCGGGGUGCUGGUCCCCAGCUCUGCAAAACCGAAGGUCUCCAUUCCCGCCAGUGGUCUGGCAGCCAGGACUCUCAGAUGGGCUUCCCCCGGGCCGAACCCGUUUCUGACCGCACAUCCCUCUUUGCCGCCCGCACCCGCCGCAGCAAUAGCUCUGAGGCCCUGCUGGUGGACCGAGCAACUGGUGGGGGAGCUGGCUCUCCGCCUGCACCCCUAGCUCCCCCUGCCCCAGGCCCCCCGGUCUGCAAGAGCAGCGAGGUGCUGUACGAACGCCCCCCACCAGCCCCAGCCUUCUCCUCCCGCACCACUGGCCCCCCAGACCCUCCCCGGGCUGCCCGGCCCAGCUCAGCCGCCCCUGCCUCCCGUGGGGGUCCCCGGCUGCCACCCAUGUAUGGGGACUUUAUCUUGGACUACGCCCUGGACCGGGGCCUGCCCCGCGGAGGUAGCGGGGCCGGCUGGGGGGACCUGCUGCCUGCCACGGAGGUCCCGGGACCCCUCCCCCGCCGGGAUGGGCUCCUCGCCAUGCUCCCCGGGCCACCGGUGUACGCAGCAGAGGGGAGCAGCCCCCUGCUUCGCAGCAAAGAUGCCCACGCCCGGGCUGUGCGCCCCAAGCCCUGCGCUCUACCCCUGGAGGCUGCUGAGGGCCUGGAGGGGCACCCCAACCCUAUGCUGUGGCUGCCCCCGCCUACUCGCAUCCCCCCAGCUGGGGAGCGGAGUGGCCACAAGAACCUUGCACUGGAGGGGCUGCGAGACUGGUACAUCAGGAACUCCGGACUGGCCUCGGGGCCCCAGCGCCGACCUGUGCUCCCCCACAUGGGUCCCCCCCACCCGCCCUUUCUCCAGUCUCGCUGCUAUGAGGUGGGCCAGGCGCUCUACGGGCCCCCCAACCAGGCGCCACUCCCGCACUCACGGAGCUUCACGGCACCCCCUGUCUCCGGCAGGUAUGGGGGGUGCUUUUACUGAUGGGGCGGGGUCUCCCAAUGCAGGUGUCAUAUUGGCCAGCUCGCCAUCAGGCAGUGGACUCCGAAAGGAGGGGCGUCCAGGUCCUCACACCAGCAGGCCUGGAGCAGGCGCGAGUCUGCGCUAUAAUGCAUGCCAGCAGGGGUGGGGAGGAAGGGACAGUCACGGCCCCCCACCUCCUCCUGCCUGUGGCCACUCACCCUCUGCUUGUAAGCCUGAAGGAGCCGAAUCAGGCCAGCCUCCACCGCUUUAACCGAGCUUUCUUCUCUCUCUCUUUCCUGUGUCUUGUCUGUCUCUCUCUGCUGUCUUCCCACCCUGGCCUCCGGAUUCCUGCACCCCCUUCCAAAGAUACUACGCGGACUUCCUGUACCCCUCGGAGCUGAGCGCUCGAUUAAGUGACCUGACGCUAGAGGGGGAACAGUCUUCCAGUUCUGACCCCCAAGCCCCAGGGACACUGGUCUGACCCCUCCACACAUACAUAGUUCACCUGGUCACUGGCCUAGGUGGGACUUCAGUCCAGGGUGCGUACACAGCUGACCCUGAUGAGCCCUAGGGCAUACUAACAUGAUCUUCCUGGACCCCGGCUUUCCCAGGGCCCACAAAGGUGUCUGGCACCCCGUGUCUUCUCUCACUGCACUGGAGACUGGGGGCCCUCAGCUAGUGUACAAGAGGGAGGGGGCACUGUCACGGGGACUCCAAACCCCUUCAUUUCUGUUUACAGUUGUGAUUUAGGUAUUCCCUGUCUCUCUCCCCAAAACAAGGCAUUUUAUAAAAGGGAAAUUGUCAUCUUCUCCUGCUGGCUGGGCUCAUUCCUGUCCCCGUGCCCAGCCCACUACCGUCUGGGAGGCCCCUCCACACAGUGGACCACACAGGGAUCUCGGAACCCUACCUUGGGGGCAGCUAGGAGAACCCACUGCCACCCCCACCAGGGCAGGCAGUUAGUUCCUAGGGAGGUGGGAUUUCUACCCACAUAUGGAAGGACUAAAACCAGGGGUUGGGGGUGAGGUUCAUUUUCCCACCCCACCCCCCAGGGGUACCUGAAGGAGCCAACACCCCUGUCUGCCUAUCUGUGCCCGCUAUCUCUGCCCCCAGGGGAGAGAUGGCUCUGCCCCAAUGAUCCUGAGUCAGGAGGCCCCCACAGGAGGACCAAAGGGCAGGGCUGGGGGUGUGUUGUGUCCCAGGAUGGUGCAGAGGUAGAACCUGGCAUGUCAUGAAUGAUGGCAAAAUCCUCAGGUGACAUCUGCCCAUGAGUUAGGCCACGCCUUCCUGGGCUCUCCUCCCACCCACCACUUUUUAGACAAAACCACAGGCUGUGUUUUCUAUGAUCCCUAUCUGUGACUUUCUGGAGUCACGGGGCCCCUAUCCCACCCCCCCUUACCUGGUGUUCUAAACUUUUCUUUUUGUAUUGAAUUGGGACCUGAUACAGCACCCACACUGGAGGGGGAUUUCUACAAUAAAUGUGUAAACUGAA